AUGUCACAUGUUUCGCGGCCCAGCGCAGCAGAUUCUUCUGAAUCUGAUAGUGAAUGGGAUGGUCAGAACACUGCUGAUGCUGAUCAUAUCUCUAUCCCAGGUCCUGGUGCAUCUAAAGGAGAACUCCUCGAGACGCUCAAAAUGCUGCAAGUUCAAAUGCAAAAGCUUCAAGAAGAGAAUAGGACAAUAAAAGAGGAAAACAAGACUUUGCACGCAGGGAAACCCAAGCGAAAACGGCACGCGAAUGCUCACAAUGAGCUCAGCGUUCAUGAGGAGACCAUCUCUAUCUAUGCUUGCAAGUAUGGCAUGAUGAUUGAGAUGUUUCCCAGUUGCAACCUCCUCAAUAAGCGCCUUCCAGACUUGCCAACUCCAUUUGACAGCACUGACCGAUAUGCGACUGCAUGUACUCAAGAGUCAGCAUUUCUGCACGAGCUCUACCGUCACUUCCCCAAGUCGUUACACAAAGUGAUGGAAAGUUCUUACUUUAGCGAUCUCGUGUUGAAAUCCAUCCCAGAUGCUCGUGCUAACGAGAUCAAGAAACUUUGGGGUGUUGCUGGCGACAUUUUUGACCUCCCUUCAAAAUACUUCAGCAACACUAGCUACGACAGAGCUAAUGUCCCUGAAAUCCAACGACUCCUCGGGGUCACGUCUUCAACAAACCUAGCGUACAAAACAUUCCCUCCGGUGCUAUUCCCAGAGUUGAAAGAAGACCGAUCACUCAAGACUGUCUUCGGAAACUGGCUUCUGUUGGCACAAAUUCUGAAAGCUUCAUUGCGUGGUAUCACAUCCCUCCAUCACGCUUCCAGUGGCGGAGGCGCACAUACCAACUCCAUGAAAUGGAGCGUUUGGCAAGUCACACCGGGUUGCAUCGCUUGGGCCGCAGUUCUUGCUAUAUUCUUACUGUCUCCUGACACUGAAUUCUCGAGCACGGGCAUUGGCAAGAGGUCAACGAUUAGCUACAAGGAUUUAUUUUUCACAUAUAAGAAAGUUCUAGUGACCAAGUGGAAGAUGAAGCGCAUUCUGCGCGACCUUCGGCCUUGGAUUCUGCUGUACAUGAAGAUUUCACUGAACGCCAUUGAUCGCGCACUCGCAGCGCUUGACAUGGAAAGUUCGGACGAUGGAACAGAAACUGCGGCAGACCCUAUCCUCUCCACACAGCGGCGGCACACUACAGAAGCUCCCAUUGUCGACAAUGUAGCCACCAACAAUGGCACUGCUGCAGAUUUGGAGGAUGCUGCUGCUGCAACACCUCAGGCUGAUGAGGUGGGAGCUGCAGUCAUCAGCUCAUCAGGCGAGGUACUCCAGGAGGCGGCAGAUGAUCUGAGCAGUACUAGAGGGAGGUCCAAGAAGUCGAAAAGAGGGAGGAAGGCGACCACGCCGGCAAUGGCUACUGAUCGUACCACUCGGCAGGCUCACAAACAGUCUUGA